CGCCGCUCUUGCAGAAACUUAGGUUAUGUGUGAUAAAACAAAACAGUAUAAGCAAUUCUUGGCACUUCGAAGUUUGAAGCAUGUCUAACAAGUUGAACAUAUCAGUUUUUAUCGGCAUUAUCAGUGCACCCAUUGUCCUGUGUUACUUUUUAAAGAAAAGGUACAAACAACUAGUAACAGAUCUGGAAAAAGAUCCCAAACAAAGCACAUAUUAUGAAUGUAUGUUUUUCGACUACAGAAACUUUUGCUGCAAACCACAUUUAAUAAGCAAACAGGAGUGUGGGUACAUCUGCUCUUAUACUCGGUUGGAAAGGCUUUUACGUUACAUUGGUAGUGCUAAAAAGAGUAUUAGUAUGUGUAUGUACAUGAUGACUCUGCAGCAGAUUAAGGACGCAUUAAUUAGUGCUGCUAGAAGGGGAGUGCUUAUUAGAUUUGUUAUUGACAAAGUCAACAGUAGAAAUUGCCAUGUGAAACUCAACUUGGACCAUCUUAGCGCAAAUGGAGUGGUCUGUUUGACCUCUCCAUCAGAAAAUGAAAUAAUGCACCACAAAUUCUGUUUAAUUGACGAGAAGGAUCCGCAGGCAGCUAAAGCAUUUUUCGGUAGUGUAAACUUAACUGCGCAGGCAUUUUGCCAAAACUUUGAAGCCCUCAUUCUUACUAAUAACCAAGACAUUAUCGAAAGACUUAGUGCCGAGUUUGAGCAAUUGUGGACUGGAUUUCACUGCAAUUCCGUCUGCCAUUACAACAGUGUAAAGGCAUAAAUCUUUUCUUCGAUAAUUCAUAGUAUCUAAACAGUUUCAGCGCCCAUUCUUACCUUAAAUUUGGAACAACUUACCUAAUGAAUAAUUCAAUAAAGACCAUCAGAAUUAAUAAAUUAAAUCACA